AUGGAACCGACGUCUAAUCUGAAAGUUGUGAUCGUGGGGGGAAGUAUUGCCGGGUUGACUCUUGCGCAUUGUCUGCUCAGGAAUGGCAUUGAUUUUGUGAUUCUUGAGUCUCGAGGGGAGGUUUAUCCUCAGGAGGGCGCUGCGCUGGGGAUGCUGCCUAACGGAUCGCGGAUUCUGGAUCAGUUGGGGAUCUUCGAUGAUUUGAUUGAGGGAGUACAGCCACUUCGGAAAUGCUGGUUUUGGUCUGGAACUGGCGAGCUGAUUGCGGAGGAUGAUGGUCCCGUGGAAUUUGAGAUGAGACAUGGCUACUGCUCUGCUUUUAUGGAUCGCCAGUUGGUUCUGGAGAAGCUGUACAGCAAGCUGGGAGAUCAUCGCGGCCGUGUCUUAGUUAACAAGAAGACUGUCGAUAUAGAGAAUCUCCCAGACGGUGUCCGUGUGCACUGUGCAGAUGGAUCUGUGUACGAAGGUGGCUUGGUUGUCGGAGCAGAUGGUGUUCGAAGCACUGUGAGGCAGUCAAUGUGGAAGAGCAUGGAAGAACAUAAUCUGCAAGCCGAAGUCGAAAACGAGAAAACGACAAUGACAUCCGAAUACAACUGCGUCUUCGGAAUAGCCACAGCCACCCCAGGACUGAACCCAGGAGAUGUCCAUCGAACCUACGCCGAAGGAUACUCCUUCCUUGCUAUUAUCGGCAGCGAAGGGCGAGUCUGGUGGUUCCUCUUCACGAAGAUGGAUCGUAAAUACAGCCACUCGGAAAUCCCCCGGUUCAGCCAGAAGGAUAUGGACGAGCAUGUUGCUUCGUAUCUUUCGAUGCCGGUGACUGGAUCAGUGCCUUUCUCCGAGAUCUAUGAGAGGGCUAUCUUCCGAAACAUGCUUGCUCUGGAGGAGUCUUUGUACAAGCAUUGGUUCCAUGACCGUAAGGUUUGUAUUGGGGAUUCGGUGCAUAAGAUGACUCCAAACAUGGGCCAAGGAGCCAACUCGGCCAUCGAGAAUGCCGCAAUGCUAGCCAACUACCUUGCGAAGUUGACAAAGUCCUCUUCAUACGAAAGCGAAGACAUCCGUCGUUGCCUACAAGAUUGGCAGACUACUGUCCAGCCACGCAUUGGGGAGAUCUGGCAUUCAGCCUGUGAUUUAACACGCAUAGAGGCAAAGGCGACACUGAAGGGCAAGAUUUUUAUCUAUCUUCUUCCGUACAUGCAGACUAUGCUUCUCAACAAACAAUCUGCCGUUAUGGUCACAGCGGCGAAGCUGGAUUGUCUGCCUCCUCCAGCUAGGUCGUUGCGGGGCUCCAUUCCGUUCAAGGAUCUGAAACAAUCAGAAGGAAAGACAGACAAUGGAAGGAAGGGCAUGGUUUUGGGAGCUCUACUUGUUGGUUUUGUUGCCGUUGGUUGGAACUGGAGACGGCUGCUGUAUCGCCUCUACAACUAA